AUGGACGACGACGACGAGGCCGAGGACGAGGCGACGUGGGACGACGCGAGGACGAUGCGCACGGCGGUGGUGACGAUGACGUGUGACGUCGCGCGGUGGCGUCGCGAGGACGGGGAGGCGUGCGAGAGGCUGCGCGCGUGGACCGAGGCGUGCGCGUGGACGCCGCGGCGAGCGAUGUCGGUCGCGGCGUGCGUCGGAACGGGCGGCGAUGCGGAGAAGACGGUUGUGUUAGACGUCGUCGUGCGGUGGCGGUGUCGGGGGUGCGUCACGGAGGAGGGACGGUUGGAGAGACGGUUGACGCGGCGAGUGGAGGCGUUCGGCGGCGGCGGAGACGAGCGUGAGAUGAGGGGUGAUAUCGUGCGCGUGCGCGAGUUCACGGUGUCCGUGACCGCACCAGGGUAUGUUCCGAUCGGUUCGUUCGAGGAGACGGUGGUGGAGUGCGGUCCGGACGGUCCGGGCGUCGCGGAGGCGUCGGCUCGAUUUCACGAGGACGGUUUAGCGACGUGCCUACGAAUCGUCGAUGACGAUUGCGCGCUCGCGAUUCGGCACUUAGUGCUCGAGUAUAUUGAGAAAAUCGAGCGACGAUUCGCCGAGGGGCAUCCGGACAUCGCUUACGGGAAGGAUCGGUUCGCGUUUAAGGAGAUUAGCUCGCGCGGCGGCGAGCGUUUCGACGCGUUGAUCGAUAUUGAGCGUCCCGAGUGGAAGAGUCUUCGUGAUUUGGCGCGCAUCGACGCCCCUUGGCUCGCCUUCAUCAACGAGGUGCUAUCGACGAAAUGGAACGUGAACGUGAGCGUGGUUUAUUCGCGACCCGGAGCGAAGAACCAAGAGUGGCACGCAGACGGCAGACACCUCGAUACGGAGUGCGACCCUCGCACUGGUGAAGGCCACGCGCAACCGUAUGGCGUGUGCGUCUUCAUGCCGCUCAUACACUUAGAUCGAGACACGGGAUACACGCAAUUCUUCAAGCGUUCGCACAAGACGAGCGAACUCAUCGGCUUUGGCGAGGCGGCUUCGAUGUUGCGACUCUCCUUCGACGGCCUCCUCAACACCGGACAGAGCGUGGUGUACGACUAUCGCUUGCUACAUCGCGGCAUGUACAACCGAUCAAAUUACGUUCGGCCGGUGUUACAGUUCCUCUACACCGCGCCCGCGUACCGUGAAACGAAAAACUACGGCGUCGAUUCCAUGUGGUGA